GUUGUCGCCCGCUCCUUCGGGCUGUAACUGCCGGCUCCCUGUCCCCCCCGCGGCCGGCCCAUGGCCUGACGGCGGCCCAGACCAUGGACCUCCACACCGCCGUGUACAAUGCCGCUCACGACGGCAAGCUGCAGCUGCUCCAGAAGCUGCUCAGCGGCCGGAGCCGGGAGGAGCUGGACGAGCUGAUGGGCGAGGUGGCGACCGGGGGGACGCCGCUGCUCAUCGCCGCCCGCUACGGCCACCUGGACGUGGUGGAGUACCUGGUGGACCGGUGCGGCGCGAGCGUGGAGGCCGGCGGCUCGGUGCACUUCGAUGGCGAGACCAUCGAGGGUGCCCCGCCGCUGUGGGCCGCCUCGGCCGCCGGCCACCUGGACGUGGUGCGGAGCCUGCUGCGGCGCGGGGCCUCGGUGAACCGCACCACGCGCACCAACUCCACGCCCCUGCGCGCCGCCUGCUUCGACGGCCACCUCGAGGUGGUGCGCUACCUGGUGGGGGAGCACCAGGCCGACCUGGAGGUCGCCAACCGGCACGGCCACACGUGCCUCAUGAUCUCGUGCUACAAGGGCCACCGCGAGAUCGCGCGCUACCUGCUGGAGCAGGGCGCCCAGGUGAACCGGCGCAGCGCCAAGGGCAACACGGCCCUGCACGACUGCGCCGAGUCCGGCAGCCUGGAGAUCCUGCAGCUGCUGCUGGGCUGCAACGCCCGCAUGGAGCGCGACGGCUACGGCAUGACGCCGCUGCUGGCGGCCAGCGUGACCGGCCACACCAACAUCGUGGAGUACCUCAUCCAGGAGCAGCCCGGGGAGGCGCAGGGCUGCCCGCAGGGGGCGCGCCGCUGCGGCUCCUCCACCGAGGAGCAGGUCGACGGUGAGUGCUACGAGAGCUGCUGCCCCACCAGCAGGGAGGCCGCCGUGGAAGCCUUGGAGCUGCUGGGAGCCACCUACGUGGAUAAGAAGCGCGAUCUGCUCGGGGCCCUGAAGCACUGGAGGCGCGCCAUGGAGCUGCGGCACCAGGGGGGCGAGUAUCUGCCCAAGCCCGAGCCCCAGCAGCUGGUCCUGGCCUAUGACUAUUCCAGGGAGGUGAACAGCUCGCAGGAGUUGGAGGCGCUGAUCACGGACCCGGAUGAGAUGCGCAUGCAGGCUCUGCUCAUCCGCGAGCGCAUCCUGGGCCCCUCGCACCCGGACACGUCCUACUACAUUCGCUACCGGGGCGCGGUGUACGCCGACUCCGGCAACUUCGAGCGCUGCAUCCGCCUGUGGAAGUACGCCCUGGACAUGCAGCAAACCAACCUGGAGCCGCUGAGCCCCAUGACCGCCAGCAGCUUCCUGUCCUUUGCCGAACUCUUCUCCUACGUGCUGCAGGAUCGGGCCGCCAAGGGCAGCCCGGGCACGCAGAUCGGCUUCGCAGACCUCAUGGGGGUGCUCACCAAAGGGGUGCGGGAGGUAGAGCGGGCCCUGCAGAUGCCCAAGGAGCCCGGGGACUCGGCCCAGUUCACCAAGGCGCUGGCCAUCAUCCUGCACCUGCUCUACCUGCUGGGGAAGGUGCAGUGCAGCCCCAGCCAGGAGCACCUGAAGCACCAGACCGUCUACCGCCUGCUCAAGUGCGCGCCCCGCGGCCGCAACGGCUUCACGCCCCUGCACAUGGCGGUGGACAAGGAGACCACCAACGUGGGCCGCUACCGCGUGGGCACCUUCCCCUCGCUGCACGUGGUCAAAGUGCUGCUGGACUGCGGGGCCGACCCCGACAGCAGGGACUUCGACAACAACACGCCGCUGCACAUCGCGGCGCAGAACAACUGCCCGGCCGUCAUGAGCGCCCUCAUCGAGGCCGGGGCCCACAUGGACGCCACCAAUGCCUUCAAGAAGACGGCCUACGAGCUGCUGGACGAGAAGCUGCUGGCCAGGAGCUCCGUGCAGCCUUUCAACUACGUCACCCUGCAGUGCCUGGCCGCCCGCGCCCUGGACAGGAACAAGAUCCCCUACAAAGGCUUCAUCCCGGAGGAGCUGGAGGCUUUCAUCGAGCUGCACUGACCUCGCCCUGCGCAGAGCGGGGAGGGGGCCGGGCCGCAGGCGCCCGCCUCACCUCGGAAGGAGCGGAGGCGGGAGAAGGGAGACCGAGCCUCGGCCCUGCACCCGAGGAGGACGCCGGCCCGCACGCGCGGUUGCCGGGUGUGGGAGGAGCCGUCCCCUGGCGCUGGGAACGAGGGCGGCGCCGAAGCGGCCCGCUUCCUGCCUCCGGCCCCGGGCUGCGAAGCAGGGCGGGCCGAGCGCCGCACGCCAGCUCGGAGCCGCCCCUGCCUUCUCUAUUUAUUUUUUCAGGAAUCUUGUCACGCUCGAUGUUCAUCUCGAGGCCUGCGGGUUUUGCGGGGCCGAGGUCGCCGAUGGGGUGAGGACUGGGUGAGCGGUCACAGGGACACAGACCCGCCUCUGCACGGCCCGCCCAGCUUCGCGCGCAGAGAACAGCUGCUCUUCUCACCGAGGACGAGGUCGGCCGCCACGGGAAGGGCAGCCGCACUUGCGAAGUCUGCCGCCGGCCCGGGGUCUGGCUCGGCACUGACUCGACUGACCAGGACAGGCGCUCCUGCUGGGAGCCGCAGACUGUCGCCGCAGGCGCCUGGACGGGCGGCCUUGCCAGGCCCUGGCCUGCCCCGGGGCCCGAGCCCAGGGCUUCGGAGAAAGGCUCGGGGACGGCGCGCUUAGCUCGGCCCGGCUCGCCCGGACGUCGGGGCCGCCGCGGGCUCCAGGCCGCAGGUUCCCCCGCAGCUGCGCAGAGCCAAAGGCGCGAGCGAGAUCGGGCCUCGGGUCCCCCUCGCCGUCCCUCGGGGUGAGCGGCUGCGGGAGGGCCCGCUCCUCCUAUGGCCACGGCGGCCCGGGAAGGAAACUAGGUGUGGGUUUGCAGUGUUCGCUAGGAAAUGAGUUAUCGCUGAGACAGGCUUGGCUUCUCUCAGGAGGAAGGCGCCACUCGGGCCCUUCCAGAGCACAGCAGGGAGCCGAGAGCUGCGGUCCUGAGGGCGUGAGUCUCCCUCGCUGCGUUUGUGGCAUUAAAAGAAAGUAUUGGAAGAGAA